UUCUGCUGAGCUCGUUGGUUUCUCUUCUCCGAUCAACAAUGAACAGGCAUGGGCAGAGAUCUGGUGCGACGGGGGUGUACCAUCAUCGCCAAUACUCCGAUCACUUUCUCGAUGCCUCCUCCAAGUGGCUUCACUCCUCCUCCAAUCUCGAUCCUCCUCUUCAGGACUAUAAUUUGUACGGUGGAGGAGGUAGAAUGUAUAGGAAUACGCAGAGGAGCUUCAGUGCGUAUUGCAUGGAUCCAUCCACGCCUCCUCGCAGCUACACCACCGUUAAGAGAAGCGGUGACAGAGAUGAUUCACCGCAUGAUUUUAGCCCUGGCCUCUUGGAUCUCCAUUCAUUUGAUACGGAGCUUCUUCCUCAGAUGUCGUCCUCUAAUGUUUACGAUGCCACCCUCAGUCAACUUAACCGUGGUAGAAGAAGCUUGGAUGAUCCUGAACCUUACAUUUUUGGCAAACAAAAUGCCAAAGUUCGUGCUCCUGAAAACAUUGUCUCCAAUAAUCUUUCUGCAGAUAAUGUGAAAUCUAGCAAUGUGGCAAAGAUUAAAGUUGUGGUUCGCAAGAGACCGCUUAAUAAGAAGGAGAUAGCAAAGCACGAGGAAGAUAUUAUAGACACAGUUUCGAAUUCUUUAACAGUGCAUGAAACUAAACUUAAGGUUGACCUAACUCAAUAUGUAGAGAAGCACGAAUUUGUUUUUGAUGCUGUCUUGAAUGAAGAGGUUACGAAUGAUGAGGUGUAUUGUGAAACAGUGGAGCCCAUAGUUCCAAUAAUCUUUCAACGCACGAAGGCAACUUGCUUUGCAUAUGGUCAAACAGGAAGUGGAAAAACUUACACAAUGAAGCCACUGCCUCUUAAAGCAUCAAGGGACAUCUUGAGAUUGAUGCAUCAUACUUACAGGAACCAGGGAUUUCAGUUGUUCGUAAGUUUCUUUGAGAUUUAUGGUGGGAAGCUUUUUGAUCUCCUUAAUGAUCGAAAAAAACUAUGCAUGAGGGAGGAUGGUAAGCAGCAAGUUUGCAUUGUUGGCUUGCAAGAGCACCGAGUAUCGGAUGUAGAGACCAUCAAGGAACUGAUUGAGCAAGGAAAUGCCACAAGAAGUACUGGCACCACAGGUGCGAAUGAGGAAUCUUCACGGUCACAUGCAAUACUUCAGCUUGCUAUCAAGAGAUCAGUUGAGGGCAAUGGAUCCAAGCCCCCUCGUGUUAUUGGAAAGCUCUCUUUCAUAGAUCUCGCUGGAAGUGAACGUGGAGCAGAUACCACGGAUAAUGACAAACAGACAAGAAUAGAAGGUGCUGAGAUCAAUAAGAGCUUGCUUGCCCUGAAGGAAUGCAUAAGAGCUCUAGAUAAUGAUCAAGGACACAUCCCAUUCCGAGGCAGUAAAUUGACAGAAGUUCUCAGGGAUUCAUUUGUUGGUGAUUCCCGCACUGUUAUGAUAUCAUGCAUUUCACCAAGUUCCGGUUCAUGUGAGCAUACACUGAAUACCUUAAGAUAUGCUGACAGGGUAAAAAGCUUAUCAAAAGGGAACAAUUCUAAGAAGGAUGCUUUAUCUUCAAAUUUCAACCUUAAAGAAUCAACUACCGUUCCUUUAUCUUGUGUUAAUACGUAUACCUAUGAGGAUUCCGCAGCUGAUACAUGGCCUGAGGAAAAUGACGGGGAUGAAUUUAGUCCUCCUGAAGAUUACUUUGAACAGGUAAAACCAUCAUGGAAGAAAAAUGGAAAGAUAGAGUCAUCUGGUGCAACAGAUGACAAAUUGAAGAAAUCCAGUGUUCAGAUCAAAUGGAAGGACAUUCCAAAGGUUGAACCUAAAACAGUACAUUCUGAUGAUGAUUUGAAUGCUCUCUUACAGGAAGAAGAAGAUCUUGUAAAUGCUCACCGGAGGCAAAUAGAGGAGACCAUGAAUAUUGUUAGAGAGGAAAUGAACCUCUUGGUUGAAGUAGAUAAGCCAGGCAAUCAGCUGGAUGAUUAUAUAGCAAGACUAAAUGUCAUUCUAUCUCAGAAGGCUGCUGGGAUCAUGCAGUUACAAACCCGUUUAGCUCAUUUCCAGAAACGUUUAAAGGAGCAUAACGUUUUGGCUUCAUCUACUGGUUACUAAUUUAAAUGAGACUCCUGAGGUUUUAGAAUGGAUGGAGUCGAGUGAUUCAUAAUGGAAUAGUUUGGAAGACAAUGGAGUGAGAAGGUUAAAAAAUUACUUAAGUUG